AUGCAGGAGGACUCGACGACCGUCAAUGACGGCACCACCAGCGCCUCCCCCGUACCCUUGCAGACCCGCUCCCGAGUCAAGACCAAGAGCCGCCGCCGUCGCACGUGCGAGUCGACGUCGUGCUCGUCCACCCCCUCGUCCUCUUCGUCAUCGUCUUCCUUCUCGUCCUCCUUCUCCACGUCGUCGUCUGAAUUCUCGCUGCCCCUCGCCUCGGCGCCCCGGACGGUCGAGGUCUUAUGGAGCGGCUGUUCAGCCCCAGGGUUUACGCUCAAGCGCAAGCGCUCGGGGGCGAUUUUCGUGAGCACUGUGACACACGAGACGCACGUGGCGACCACGUUGAGAGUCGGGAGCGAGUUUAAACUCGUGGGCGGGUUCCCCGUGAACCGCCUCACGUUACAAGACGUCAAGAAGGUCAUGCUCUUGGCGCCAAAGCCCGUGAGUCUCGUGUUUGUCAACAUUGAGGACGUGGUGAUUGAAAACGUGAAUCCGAACGUGGACGAGGACGCCAGCACUAGCAGCAGGAUGAACAGGAGGACUCUGUUGACUGUGGCAAGGAGGAAACUCUCGUCGAGUCUGUCCACGACGGGUCCAUCCUUGACGUCGCCAACGCACUCGACGCGCAGCUUGCGCCGCAGUGUGAGUCUCGACUCGAGCAACGUCCAGGACUCUAGCAGCAGCAGCAGUAGCAGGGAACCCAGGGAUCGAGACAGGUGCCUGAAGGAGCACAAAGUGUCGAAACUGCAGAUGGCUUUGCAUCGCGUGAACCAGCUCUUGAACCGUCCCGUGCGACAAGCAGGGCUGCACGUUGCAGUGGGGAAGAGCAUUGUCGUGUGA